AAUCACGGGCAUUAAUGUGCAGCGUUCACUCUUCUGAGAAGGCUUAGAUUUUGGAAAUUGGCUGCAGUGAUUUGCCCCAAUUCAGCCACAAGAGCAUUAGUUCAGAGUCCAUCAGAUAUGGCAUCCAUCCUAAAGUCAAGUUUCAUUGUGAAAGGGGGCAAGUCAGUGCCUUCCCCAAACUGUUGCCACUCAGUUGGUGGCAUAGUCUGCUCAGGACCAGUUCAAACUAAGCAGCUUGAACACCCAUCAUGAGUUGUGAGCAGUUUUUUCCUUCUAGAAUUUUCUCAGAUUUAAAGUAGAAGGCAUAUGCUGUCAUUCUUAUUCCUGUAAUCGUAUACAGGGGGUCCUGACCUCCAGCUUUGGAACCACUUUGUGUGCUGUUGCAUCAAAAUAUUUUUAACCAUGAAAAAGGAGAACUGGGUUCAUCCCAGUUGUCCGCAGAGGCGCGUCUCCGUCUGCGCAUGCGCGAACUGGGUAAGAGGAAAGCAAGAUGGCGUCGUCCAUGAGUGGAAUGUUCUCCGGUCAGCAGCCGCCCGGCGUCCAUCCCGUCGGGGGUCCCGGUGUACCGGGCCAGCCAGGCUUCCCCGGUACAGCUGCAAGAGGUCCUGUAAACAACACGCUGGUGGACGAACUCGAGGCUUCCUUUGAGGCGUGUUUCGCAUCCCUGGUAAGUCAGGAUUACGUUAAUGGAACGGAUCAGGAGGAGAUCCGGACUGGUGUUGACCAGUGCAUACAGAAGUUUCUGGAUGUAGCUCGGCAGACCGAGUGCUUCUUCUUACAGAAAAGGCUUCAGUUGUCUGUGCAGAAACCAGAACAGGUGGUGAAAGAGGAUGUGUCAGAGUUACGUAAUGAGCUACAGAGGAAAGAAUUGCUGGUUCAGAAACACUUGUCCAAACUGCACCACUGGCAACAAGUUCUCGAGGACGUGAGCGUUCAGCACCGCAAACCCACGGACCUUCCUCCUAGUGGACCGCUAGCCUUUCUGGAGCAGGCAUCUGCCAGCCUGCCGCCGGCCCCAUUAAAACCAAAUUAACACACCGAAGUCAGUCACAAUAUCUUGUUGUGUGAUGUUGAACCUUGACCUGCAAGAGACAUCGAUACAGGAAUCCUCUCAUCAAUCACAAAGGUUCAUGCGUUAUGUGAUUUUGUACCUUACCUUAUACAGCAGUGUUCAUUGCGUGAUGCCCGCUGUCAAGUGUCAACCUAUAUGAACACUGAAGAACAGUUUUUGGUCGCUGUCCAGCAGUUGGGACAUCAUGACAUGCAUUAUUUUAUGUCUGUAUUUUGUUUUAUGUAAAUAUUUCUCCUGCUAGCUUUUUUUACUGUAAAAUAAAGGGUUUUUUUUU